CACAAAACUUGCAAAAAAGAAUGAAAAUAUUAGUAACACACAAAAAACAACAAAAAAUAACAGAGAAAAGAUGAGUCGGAGAUUAAGAAAAGCGACAAUUUUAAACUUGAAAAGGAAGAGUGAAACUGAAAUUGAUGUUAUUUUAGAAGAAAAAUUAACAGAUUAUAAAUUUUCACCCUCUUCUUUUUCCUAA